GCAGGAAAAUGGCAGAGGCCAGUAUUUCAGUAGAUCAGGACCAGUUCAGCUGUCCAAUCUGUCUGGAUCUACUGAAGGAUCCAGUGACUAUCAACUGUGGACACAGUUUCUGUAUGGUGUGUAUUAAUGAUUACUGGGAUCAGGAUGAUCAGAGGGGAAUCUACAGCUGUCCACAGUGCAGAGAGACUUUCUCUCCAAGACCUGUUCUACACAGGAACAACAUGCUGGCUGAAGUGGUGGAGAAACUGAAGAAGACUGAACUCCACCCUGCUUCUCCUGCUCACUGUUACGCCAGACCUGGAGAUCUGGAGUGUGAUUUCUGCACUGGGAGAAAACGCAAAGCCAGUGAAUCUUGUUUGGUGUGUCAGACGUCUUUCUGUGAAACUCAUCGCAAAUCUCAUUACGAAGUUCCUGCUUUGAAAAAGCACAAAUUGAUCAAAGCCUCCACACGUCUGCAAGAGAUGAUCUGCUCUCAACACGACAAAGUGAUUGAGAUCUACUGCCGUACUGACCAGAGCUGCAUCUGUUAUUUGUGUACAAUGGAUGAACACAAAGGCCAUGAUACAGUCUCAGCUGCAGCAGGAAGAACUGAAAAACAGAACUCAGCUAAAGAGGUGCAGAGCAAAUCCCAGUGGAGAAUCCAGGAGAAAGAGAAGAAGGUCCAGGAGCUGAAGCAAGCUGUAAACACUCUUAAGCGCUCUGCACAGGCAGCCCUGGAGGACAGUGAGAGUAUUUUUACUGAGCUGAUCCACUCCAUUAAAGAAAUGCUCUCUGAGCUGACAGAGAUGAUCAGAGCUAAGGAGAAGACUGAACUGAGUCGAGCCGAAGGGCUCCAGGAGAAACUGGAGCAGGAGAUUGCAGAUCUUAAGAGGAGAGACACUGAGCUGGAGCAGCUCUCUCACACAGAGAAUGACACCCACUUCCUCCAGAGUUUUCAGUCUGUUUGCAACUCUUCUGGAACUGUGGACCCCCUGGGCAUUUACUUCAUUAUAAAUAAACAGCUUUCAUUUGAUGGAAUAAAACAAAUUCUUUCCAAUCUUAAAGAACAACUGGAGGAAAUCUGCAUGGAAGAAUUCAACAAAGUCCAUCCACAAGUUGCUGUGGGAGAGAUCAUUUUACUUUCAGAGCCAAAGAGCAGAGAAGAUUUUCUACAAUAUUUCUGUCAAAUUACACUGGAUCCCAACACAGCCAACGAUUACCUGUGUCUUUCCGAGAAGGCCCGAAUGGUUACCAACCUGAUGAGAGCCGAGCCCCAACCGGAUCAUCCAGAGCGAUUUACCCACUGGCGGCAGGUGCUGUGUAAAGAGAGGGUGUGUGGACGCUGUUACUGGGAGGUUGACUGGACCAGUAAAGGCUACUGGCUGACUAUAUCAGUCUCAUAUAUCGGGAUUGACAGGAAAGGGCGUGGUAUUGAGUGUGGAUUCGGAUGUAAUGAUCAGUCGUGGAGUCUGGUGUGUUUUCCAAUUCUCUCUUUCUGGCAUGACAACUUUAAGACUGAGAUCCAAGACCAACCAUCCUCCAGAAUAGGAGUGUAUGUGGACCACAGUGCAGGAACUCUGUCCUUCUACAGUGUUUCUGACACAAUGACCCUGCUACACAGAGUCCACACCACAUUCACUCAGCCCCUCUAUGCUGGGUUUGGCUUAACCUGGGGAACAGUGAAAUUAUGUGACCUAAAAUAAUGUUGCACAUUGUGAGUAGUAAUGAGUAGAUAAAAACCUGAAGCAACUGUAUUGGGCUACUGAUUUUUUUUUUUCAUUCUGCUUAGCCCCUUGUCCUGUGUUUUCUUCAGUCUAGAAUCAUCAGUUGGACACCUUCAUAAAAUACAAGUGUAAAGUGAAACAGAUUGUCUGUUAUACAACUGAAUGAAAAUGCAGAUAAUAAAUUAGGAUGUGACUUAGCUAGAAGCACCAGAAUAAGUAUUACUGACCUCAA